AUGAACAUUUUAGAUGGCAUUCUAAUUGCUAAUGAAAUAGUGGAUGGGUGGAAACGAUCUAGUCAAAAAGGUUUGGCGCUUAAGUUGGAUUUUGAAAAACCCUAUGACUCUAUUAACUGGGAGUUUUUAUUAGAUUUGUUGUCGAAGUUUGGCUUUGGAACUAGAUGGGCUAGUUGGAUGAAAACUUGUGUUUCCUCUGCUAAGAUCUUUGUCCUGGUGAAUGGGUCACCAACACCUGAGUUUUGUCCACAAAGAGGUCUGAAAAUCAAUUACCAUAAGAGUGCCAUAUGUGGUGUUGGGGGUGGAAGAGGAACUGGUGCAGGAGUUUGCUUCUUAAUUCCGGUUGGAGUGGCUAAGGAGAUUAAGAGAUUACAAUCAUCUUUCCUUUGGGGUAGCUCUAAUCUUAGAAGAAACAUACAUAUGGUCCAAUGGGUGGUGGUUACUAAGAAUAAGAAACUAGGUGGGUUAGGUGUAAGGAGGAUUAAAAAUUUGAAUCAAUGUCUCUUAUUAAAAUGGUGGUGGAGAUUUGGCGUUGAGAAUCAAUCUCUUUGGAAGGAAGUGAUUUGUGCAAAAUAUAUGCUUGUGGAUGGAAGAUGGCUCCCAAAACUAAUAGGCAGAGGAUCAAAGCUCUGGUCUGAUAUAAUACAUGUUGUUUUAUCCAAUCCAGAGUUGCAUCAAUUUUAUAUUAAUAAUUCUCAGAUUGUUCUGAGGGAUGAGAGAAGAGUUCUUUUAUGGAGGGACAAGUGGGUGGGUAAUAUACGUUUAAUGGAUGAAUUCCAUAGGUUAUUAUUAUUAUCUAAUGAUAAAAAUGGUGUGCUUCUUGCUGGUACAGAACGUCGUAGGAUUGGAUUGCUUAGCAGUGGCUGCAACUCAUGGGUGAAAUGUUAUGUUGCUCAGUUGAUGUGA